AUGACAGAUGCCAUUGAUAAACAAUUAAGACCAAAUCAAGCUGGCUUCCGGAAGGGAAUGGGAUGUAUUGAUCAGAUAUUUGCCAUAAGAAACAUCAUUGAACAGUGUACUGAAUGGCAACGAAAACUAUAUGUUAACUUUAUUGACUUUGAAAAGGAUUUCGACAGUAUUCAUAGAGACAGUCUUUGGGAUAUCUUCCGAAAAUAUGGAAUUCCACAAGAAUUGGUGCUUAUCAUUAAAAGUGUUUUUGAUAAUUACACAUGCAGGGUUGGACACGCAACAGCUAAACAGAAAAAAGGCAUCAGAUGGACUCUUUUCUCAACACUUGAAGAUUUAUACUUUGCUGUUGACCUAGCUCUAUUUUCUCAUUGUCACGACCAUCUACAAGAGAAAACGACUCAGCUCAAUGAGGUCGCCAAACAUAUAGGAAGCAAAGUCACAAGCGAUGAGGGAGCUGGGAAAGUCAUUAAGAACAGACUCAACAAAGCCAGAAAUGCUUUCAGCAUGUUGAACAAUGUGUGGAAGUCUCAGCAAUACAGCAUCAAGACCAAGCUGAAAUUAUACCAAAGCUGCGUUCUCUCUACACUAUUAUAUGGUUCAGAGUGCUGGCGGAUGACAAAGGUAAACAUACAUAAACCCUCUGUUUUUCAUACAAAGAGCCUUAGAAGGAUACAUCGUAUUUCUGGCCAAACACCAUAUCCAACGAGGAGCUAUUAG